AUGGGUGACCCUGAAGGUAAAAAGAGCAAGGUGUCGAUGCUAGAGGUUAAGAGUCGUUCAAAUACUCGAUCAAUGGUGGGCUUUGGGCCCAAAUCUAUGAGCAGAUUGAAGGUCCGCAGACAGUCGUAUGGCUUUGGUGGCGUCCCCGGUAUAAGACCAGUUGAGAGAACCUCAAAUAUUGCGAUAGAAUUCAAGCGCCCAGUUUUGAUGUAUUUUCCGACAUAUCAACUGACCUCAAGCUAUCCCUUCCACUUACCUACCGUUCGGAAGGAAAUAGAUGCAUUGCUUGAUGAACAUUUCACUGAUCACAAAUAUAAUGUUCAAGAAUCUCCAUCCCUAGCUCUACGAUUAGCUGGGGAAUUGAUGCGUAAGUUGAAAGCAAUACAGUUCAAUAGAUACCGGAUUAUCACCGUCGUGACCAUCGGCCAGAAACGGGCUCAGAGCUAUAACAACGCGAUUUCCUUCUUGUGGGACCACGAGAGGGAUAAUUACGUGGACGUGCAGAGGGAAGUGAAUUCCGCAUUUAUUCAGGUCACUGUGUUCGGGGUGUAUUUGGAUUGA